GCAUAUCUUAGCCAAUAACUACCUUGAUGCCGGCAAAUGUCAUAACAAACCAAAGAAAAACGAGCCGAAUUAACAGAAACACGCAUAAGGAUACGCAAUGUUGUCGCGAGUAAAACUGAACUCAACGCUCGCCUUAGCGCAACGAUGCAUUCACACCUCAUCGGUGGCGGCCAAGUCCCAGUCGGGUAGAUACAAGAUUUCUCCCAAAGGGGACCGUCCUCUGACCUACGAGAUGGCAAAUCCUCCACACCAGAUUGCCCACCGUAAAGCUUGGAACGCGUGGAACACAUCAAACCUCGAGGGCGAGCUGCGUCCCUCGCAGACCAUGCUGGAAGACGAUUUCAUUCGUCGUUUCAUGAGCGGAACCUGGCAUGGUAUGGUACUAUCGGAGGUUAUCAUUAAGCGGCAGCAUAACCACGUUCGGAUAGCGGCCAUUAUUAGUCGUUCAAUUCCGGCACGGAAAAUGUACUUCCUCAUAGGUUACUGCGAGGAACUGCUGGCCUAUUGGUUGCAGUGUCCAGUCACGUUGGAGCUGCAGACUACCGAUGACAAGAAGGAUGUUAUAUUUAAAUACAUUUAAUCUGCAGAAAUGUUAAAAUAAAAUAGUGUAAAUAGA